GUAAUUUUCGUUUGUUAUUUAUGAGUAUGAACCAUCCUAGUGACCCAGUGCGGAGAGUGGGGGAUAGUGCUUUUACUAUAUAAGCUCCGGAGAAAUGGUCUACAAGCAUCCACUAUCAGUAACAACUGCAGGUGAUCAGUACUAGAGCAGCAGACACUAGCAAGAGUAAAGAUGGCCGCUAAACUGAUCGUGUUCCUCGCCGCAGUGGCCGCGACCCGCGCCGGCCCGGUCUGGAUCGACGAUGCCGAGGCGGCGCGCUCUGGACGCAACAUGGCGUUCGGGUUCGGCUCCGGGUUCAGCAGCAACAUCGGCGGCGUGAGCCACUCCACCGGCAUCGGCAGCGGCUACAGCAGCGGCGGCGCGCAGGCGUACGGCGCGGGCUACGGCGCCGCCGGCGGCCUGGCGCGCGGCGUGGGGUACGCCGCCGCCGCCCCCGCCCCCGCGCUCGCCCCCUUCCCCUACCAGCAAGCCGCCUCCUCCGCCUUCAACGCGCCCAUGGGUCGCCACAACUACGGAUCCGCCGUCUCCUCCGCCCAGAACUACGGCGGCCACUUCGGCUCGGCCGCGUCGUCCGCCGCGCAGCACGGGCUGCAGUACGGCAACGCUGCCUCGCAGGCGCAGGCCGGCGGCGCGGGCCGCUUCCAGUCCGCCGUGUCGUCCGCGCAGAACAUGCCGGCGCUGGGCUACAACGCGGCCAUGUCGGCCACGCAGAGCCACGACGGGCAGCAGUACCGUGGCGCCACGUCCGUCGCCGAGCAGGCCGGGGACUACGAGUCGGCGGUGUCGUCCACGCACUCGCACGACGGGCACGGCGACUACCAGGCGGCGGUGGCGGCGGCGCAGCGGGCGGCCGGCUACCAGGGCAGCAGCGCGCAGACCAUGCAGCAGCGCGCGGGGGCGGUGCGCAGCAGCGGGGCCAGCAGCGUGCAGGCGCCGGGCCUGCAGGCCGCGCAGUCGCACGCCGUGCACGCCGGGUACUAACCGG